CAGAGAAAGAGCAGGAAGAGAGCUGGUAGGGAGUGCAGAGAGCGAGGAGCUGGCGGAGGAGGGGAGGGGAGACGGCGAAUUGACAGGACGGGGGAGACUGCAGUUUUAUCCAACCGCUGAUUAAUGGCCUCCCUUCUCCUCUGCCUCACGUGGUAGCAGUAGUCUGAUCACGGGGGGAGCUCUUCCGGACGGGAUGUGUCAACAACCUUCAGAAGCCCGUCUCAGGUCAAAAGAAGAGGGUUUAGGUGGGACGGGAGGAGAGGUGGGGGAGCGAGAUAGAGAGGGAGAAAGGGGCUGGACCGCUGGGAGUGAACAGGGCCUGCGUGGGACGAGCACAUUGUUCCGUGUGUGCAGGAAGGGGCCCGCCCACUCGCUCAUCAAUCCGCCGAGACUCAGCUGGUGAGUCGGACGCUCUGGCUGAUCCAGCUCAUCCAGCUGAGACAGAUGUGCAGUGACACACAGGCUCCAGUGUCUUUCCAGUGUAGCCAGCGCCAACUCAGUGGUGGAAACUACUUCUAGGCCAGUUACAAGGACCUGACUUGCAGUUGGAGCCUGACAGUACAUGAACGGAAAUGAGCAGGGAGCUUUGUGUGUACCGACGUGGGACCAUAACGUCGCUGGAUCAGAUCCCAGAAGAGGCCGUUUUGUAGUGUGAGAAAGUUUGUUUUGCAGGAUCACCCAGGACAGACUCCGUGGGGACUGGCGGAGGCCACGGGCACAUGAGAUGCAGUCUGAGCAGGUCGUAUGGGGAGAUUCCAUCGGUUUUGGUGCCAGUGAUGAUCCAUCACAGGCUCAAGAUCUACCCAAUAACAAGGGACCGGAGCCCCCGUUGAGACCCAUAUUACCACACCAGGCUUUCUCAGCGGCCUGCUGGGCUCCGGAGAACCAGCCUGUGGAGUACUCGGGUAUCGGCUCCGUGGACGAGACAGGGAUGCCCACCGGCCCUCAAUCCAGUGUGAAGAGGCGCAGGGAAUGGUACAGGACCAUGUUUAAGCAGAUCCACCGGAGAUCCGAAGAGCUGGACCUUGAGGACCCAAAAUCAAGGAGUUUGGAUAGCCCCACAUCUCCCAGGUCCUCCUCCCCUGAAGAUUCCUCCUGCAGAGAGGAUUCGCUAGUGCGAGGAAACAUAUCCUCCAGCCCACGUGAGAUCCCACCUAACCGGGGUGAAGUGACAAAGCCUGCCAGCCUGUCCAACAUCAAGCUGGAAUGGGGCGGAGCCUUGGACGGACUGAACAUGUUAACUCCUGCCCUCCCACUGGCCAGACCCCGUGCUUCUUCCACUGAGGUUAACUUAGCCUCGGAGCUGUCCCAGUACGAAGCUGAGCUGGACUCGGACAUUCAGGUUCUGGAGAGGAGGCUAUCUCAGAAACAGCAGCGCCAACGACAGCCAGGCCAGGGUGAGAGGGACAGGAGCACAAGGACUGAGGCCACAUGGAGAGAGGAAGGUGUUCAUGGGGCCAGCUCUGGAGUCACUGGAGUCAAACUUCUCCUAGCGGAGGACAGGGGUGUAUCUGUCAGUCAUUCAUCUAUCAGGUCCGUGAUUGGCCAGAAGACAGACAACAGCCCGGUGCAUGACAGAGGUAGCCCCAACACUGGACAGGGAUGCACGGAAAUCCCAUCUAAGCCCAGGGAGAAGAUGGAAGCUGCCAGGGCCAAGUUCCACUUCCAAGCACAAUCGCCCAGGGAGCUCACCCUGCAGAAGGGGGACGUGGUCUACAUCCAUCGGCAGGUGGAUGCCAACUGGUACCAGGGGGAACACCAUGGCCGGCUGGGUCUCUUUCCGGCUAACUAUGUGGAGAUCCUCCCUCCCACGGAGAAGCCGACACCGACCAAGGCCCCUGUACAGGAGGUGCUGGAAUUCGGGGAGGCUGUGGCCCUGUACAACUUCAAAAGUGACCUUCCUGUGGAACUGCCUCUCCGAAAGGGUGAGAGGGUCUGCGUUCUUCGGCGAGUGGAUAGCAACUGGCUGGAGGGUAAACUCCAUGGCUCCAAUCGAACUGGCAUCUUCCCUUCCAGCUAUGUCCAGGUCACUAAGAUGCCCCUCGCCAGGUUCCUGAGCUGUGAUACCUCCUCACCUGCAACCGUGACUCUUGGCCACAGCUCUCAACUUCCACCAGCCCCAACCAGCCCUAAAGGGGCACUCAUCCCCCCAGUCUCUGCACCUCCUUCAUUGGUCCAGCCCCAAACCACGCCCACUCUCACCAAAGAGGCCCCCAAUCACAUGCCAGUCUCCAUUCCUGGUUUAACCUCCACCACUCUACUGCCUGAAGUUCAGUCCAUGCAGGAAGUAGCCCAGCACCGUGGUGCUGGCACAGGGUGGGGCUCAGAUACAGCUGCUGCUUCCAGUCCUGCCCUGAGAUCUGCAAGCUCAGCCAUGAGCACUUCAAAGACAGUGCCUCAGAUUCUCUGCUGCCCUCAGCUGGAUUUUCCAUCAAGCACCGUUCAAUCCAUUGGCUGUGACAGAACUCCGCUCGCAAGACUGGAUCUCGCUGAACAUGGCUGCUCACCGAUCCAUUUGCCAACGUACAAAGCCAUCUAUGACUACAUGCCCCAGAAAAGAGACGAGCUAGAGCUGAGGGAGCAGGACGUUAUCCGUGUGCUGGAGAGGUGUGAGGACGGCUGGUUUGUAGGUAUAUCUGAAAGGACGGAAGCGUUGGGGACUUUCCCAGGAAACUACGUGAUCCCCCAGUAGGAGUGUUGAAGUUCAGCUACGGAAGCUGAGUUUUGUUGCAGAGCCAGCGGAGCCUUUUAAACGUUCUGUGCCUCUUCACCCACCUUGUACCCAUAAUCAGGAACUCCAGCUUUCCGAAAAGGCCGUCAGAGAUGCUAGCGACGGCAAUGACAGCAUACGUCCCUGCUGUGCGCAGCUUCGUACUCUGACACUCUUGAGUAAUUGAAGCAGCAUUGAAAUGCCCUGAUGGAUGGUCAAACCCCCCCCCCCCAGCCUAGUUAAUUGAGACCACACCACCUGGCAAGAGAAACAAUGGAAAAUAGUCAAAGUCUUUCCUGCAUUUCAAGAAGUGAUGUCAUCGCCAUUGUGGAUCUCCACAGGCUCAGAGCACAUUAGCAGCACAAUUCCUGGGUGUCUUUCAUUCUGAACAGCAAAGACUUUGAGGAAUGUCUUCUGUGUGGUCUAGCCUCCAUGCAACGAAAUGAUUCAAAGAAAUUUAAUGUGACCGAAAGGUCUGACUUCCACAAAGUGCUUACAAAUGGAUCUUAAAUCAUAUUACACUUAGAUAUACAGUCAGCUUUGGUAACAGUCAAAUCAAUGAAUCAAGUAAGUUUUGUGAAAGACUUCCUAGUGCAUAAAGAAAACUCCAGAACAGGAGCCGAUGUAACAGGAAUGUAACAGGUGACAGUGUCUGCUGGUGGGUUACGGAACGACGGAGAACCUCCCAACAGCGGAACAUGAAACAUUACAUGUAUUGUUUCUGAGUGAUUCUGAUGGAUUCAAUAUGGAUUAGACAAUAUUUUUAAA